AUGCAUUGUAUGAAAUCCGGAGAGCAUAGAGCUAUUACCGAAAAAGCUUACGAAUACGUUAAUUCAGCCGAAGAAGGCCUAAAGUACAAUAGCAUCCCCACGAAAUGUUUGAAAACAUACUCAACUUGUAAAAUUCCGAUACGGGAGCGUCUUUGGUUUAGCAUUGUUGUUACAUGA